UUAUUCACCUUAUAUUUAUUACGUGCUUAUGGUACCAAGAACUGUUAUCUUCUAAGGAAGAUAUAAUGACAAUUGACUUUAAAGGUUGCAGAGCUCUUUACAAACAUCUCAUAUGAUCAAGUACCAACCAGUAAUAGGAUCACAGAUGCAGAGAGGGAUGAGACCCCGAAGGCCAUCUAGUCCAAUCUCCUUCAUUUUACCCAUUAAGAAAUCUGCGGGCCACCGAGUUUAAAUAAACUCUCCUACCACACAGGAAGAAUUUAAAACUAGGUCCUCAGACUAGAAAUAAAUUUUUUUCCCCAUUGUGUCACAUUGCCUCAAUAAAAAACAAAAACUACUACCCUCAAGGAGCUUACAUUCUACUAGGGGUGAUUAUAAAAAAACACACAAAAAAAGUAAUGCAUAUUGGAAUAUGAUAUACACAUGAGCAGUACACAGAAAAUGUUGUGUUUAGAUGGAGUGAUUGAGGGAGGAGCAGGGUCAAGAUACCAUUUGGGUUGGAUCUAGAAGAAUGGAUAAGGAGAGCAAUAGGCAGAUAUGGGGGAUGAUGUCCUCCAGCGGGAUUAGGGAAUCUGUGGCCUCCAAGCUAUAGGUGCCCUUCUAGGUCCUUGUGUGCUGCCUUUUGACCGAAUCCAAGUUUUAAAGAACUUACUUUUAGUAAGGGGGAUUUGUUCUUUGAAGUUUGGAUUCAGUCAAAGGGCUGAGGACCUAGAGGGCCACAUGAGGCCUCGAGGCCACAGACUUCUCACUCUUGUUUUACAGUCUGAAUCUAGACACUGGGAACUAUGCAAACAAAGAGGCAGAGACAGAGGUAGAAACGGUACGGUAUCCAUGGUGUCCUUAUUUUCUAAUAAAUUUCUACAUGGCUUUUGGUCCAACAGAACAACGACAAGGGUUUUCUUUUUGUCUUUGUAUCUCUAACCUGGUACAGUAUCCCUAGCCUGGCACAUAAUUGUUACUUAAUUACAUAAUUGUUAACGCUUGUUGGUUGAGGCUGGGAGGAAGGUAGGAUGAAGCCAGAUUUGGAGGGCCUAGGAGUUUGCUGUCUAUGUAACAGGCUGCUGGUAGCCACUUAAAGGCGUCGAGGUGAUGGCCGAAGUGUGAACAAUGGCAGAGAGAUCAGGUAAGAGGCCAUUCAAAGGUCGAAGAGGAGGGCCUGCUCCUCCUAACCUCUUAGCAAAUCCCCUCCCUCUCUUUCCCCUUCCCUUUGUCGCGGUUGAGAAGAGGUCUUCCCACACAGGCUUUGCUCUUUCCUCUUGGUUGUAAGAGUCCUCUGAUUCUCCUGAACUUCCCAUCUCUUCCCCCUUAAUCCAAGGAGAGUGUGCGUAACUAUGCCCAUGCCGGCACAUGCAAGGGUUAACUUGAGACUGCGGUCAGGUCUCACGUGCACAGAGCACCUAGGCAGUUGCGGACCUUUGCGCAUGCGCUAAGCCUUCCCUACAGAGAGACAGGCGGGGACGGGGGCAAGAACGGGAGCACGCUCGCUAGCUGCGCGCACGCGCAAUCCUGAGCUUCGCCCCCUCCCCGGAGGCGGGGGAGGGGCGGCUCCCGGGGGAGGGACGCCCAUGGAGUUAUUGAGGCAGGUUCACGAGGCCGCCCUGCGGCUGGUGCUGCUGCUGAGCCCUCGGGGCGCCGCCUCGGCCAAGCCCCGCGCCUCGGAGGUGCUCACCCAGCACCUGCUGCAGCGGCGCCUGCCUCACUGGACCUCAUUCUGCGUCCCCUACAGCGCCGUGCAUAACGACCAGUUCGGCCUCUCCCACUUCAACUGGGCGGUGCAGGGGGCCAACUACCACGUUCUGCGCACCGGCUGCUUCCCCUUCAUCAAGUAUCACUGUUCCAAGGCGCCCUGGCAGGACCUGGACCGGCAGGACCAGUUCUUCACAGCGCUGAAAGUCAUCAACCUCGGCCUUCCAACUUUGUUAUAUGGACUUGGCUCCUGGUUAUUUGCCAGAGUCACAGAGACUGUUCAUACCAGUUAUGGACCCAUAACAGUUUAUUUUCUAAAUAAAGAAGAUGAAGGUGCCAUGUACUAAAACUGUGCAUUGAAGAGCACAACAGCUAGUGGGUUGUCUCAUGUGUUUAAAAGUAAUAUUUAUUUUUGUUCCUUUAAAAUAAAACUUU